CGAGAAACACGCUUGUGCGGCUUUUUCAGAGCGACUCAUCCAUGUCCACUAGUUCCUGCAGAAUACUAAUCCUCGGUAGCCUCAGCAAACAUGUCUCUAGUCGCUUAUGGUAGCAGUGAUGAGAGCGACUCGGAGGAAACGUCGACCUCCGCCGCAGCUGAGAGUAAAACUAGCGGGGGAGGGCUUUUCUCUUUCCUGCCUGCACCUAAAGCAUCUGGAUCUGCAGCUGGAGGGAAGGAGGCAGUAUCCAGGGCAAAAAACUCUGCAGCAAAGGAAAGCACAGGAGGGUUCCUGUCCAGUCUGCCCAAACCCAAGAAACGAACGGAGCCUGUCAAGAUCCCUGUGCCACAACUUCAGAGGCGAGAUUCAGACUCAGAUGAUGAUGAGCCAGUCCCAAAGAAGCUGCAAACCCAGGGCGCCGGUUCAGGUCUGUCCUCCAUUCUCCCCAAACCCAAAAACCUAACAGUGAAGGAGACGGACCGACCUUUGAUCCCUCACACGCUCACUAAGCGUCCAGACCCCAAAGCACCCAAGCCUGGAGCUGCUGCUCCGGGUCUGCUCGGUUCCAGUGCGUCUCCCUCCGCCAUCAAAGCCGCGGCCAAGUCAGCGGCCCUGCAGGUGGCGAAGCAAAUCGCAGCAGAAGACCAGAACAACGAGGAGGACAUAACCCCUCAGAACUACUUUUCCCUGGAGGACGACUCCCAGCCUCUUCCCGACGUCGUCCCGAUCGUGGAUCCUGAGCCGGCGGCCCCAGCUGAGCCCUGUCCUUACGUAGCCGCUGAUGAGCCGGGACAGUCGAAUGCACCUUUGGACUUUGGAGGGAGCCAUGAGGGAGCGAGCGCAUGGGACGGUCAAUACGACCAGUAUCAACAACCCAUGGCUGGCCCAGAGGCGCUCCCCGAGGGUUACUAUGACGCGCCGUACUACCAGAACCCCAACCCGGAGUUGGCAGAAGCCGAGCCGCCGGACAGCUCCACCAUGUUUGACGACGAAGGGUUCAUGCGGCUUCAGGGGAAAAGAAACCGAGGCAAAGAGGAAGUGAAGUUUCUGGAAAUCAAAGGAGACGACCAGCUGAGUGGGAACCAGCAGUGGAUGACCAAGAGCAUCUCUGAGGAAAAACAAACCCGCCAGUCGUACAGCAAGAGAAGAGGAGACCAGCCUACAGGGCAACAGAGGCGAAAGCAUCAGAUAACGUAUCUCAUUCACCAGGCGAAGGAACGCGAGAUUGAGCUGAAGAACAACUGGGCAGAAAACAGGAUGACCCGGCGUCAGACCCAGGCUAAAUAUGGCUUCUAGAUCCUGUAGCUUUGGACUGCUGUGGCGUACAGACACAUCGUAUCCCAACUUACCGAUCUCCAGAUUUAUCCUCUUCCUUUAGGAGCAAAACCUGUUUCUUUCCUCCUGAUCUGCAGCCCGCAAUGUCUUGAACUGAUAAUACUCUGUUUGAUAUGGUGUUACUCUGUCUGAAUCCCGGUCACUCCUAGUAAAUACAAAGGCUAUACCUACAGAGAAACCCAACCGGUGUUUUUAAGGUACCAGAACCACACGUUUCUCCUUUGGAUGUUUAUAAAACAUAUUCAUGGUAUUUUCUAAGGUCUGAUUUAUUGUUUUUGUUGUGCGUUUGGUUGUUUUUAGUUACAAUUUUAAGAUAGAAAGCUGUGAUGCAAAAUAUUCACUGAAUCAUCAGCCAGUCAGUAAAUUAUGCUUCAAUGACGACUUCGUCGAGAGCCAACCAGGCGCUUAGAUUUGGUCAAUCUUUAUUGCAAAAACAAAAUAAAAAAUCUUUAAAAAUGUGGUCCCAACCCUCCAAAAGAAGAAUUUAAUGUGAAAAUUCUUGACUUUUUGGCCUCAGAAAUCUUUAAGUAGAUUCAGAAUUUUCUAAAAAAUUCUUAGGUGUUGGAGAAAUAAUUCUGAGAUUUAAGGCAAAAUUCUACAGAAGAAAACCCUCAAAAUUCUGACUUUAAUCUCAGAAUUCUGUUUUUUUUCUUCAAAACUUCUGAGAUUUAAGGAAGAAUUCUGAUUAAUAUUAAUAUCAAUUCUUGACUUGUUGGCCCCAGCAAUUAGAGAGUAAAUUCAAAAAUUAAUAAUAAUUUUAUAAUUAAUAAUCUAAAUUAUUAGAUUAAAUUAAUCUAAUAAUUUAAUCUAAUAGAUUAAUAAAAAAAAACUUAAUUAAGUUAAUUUCAAAUUUUGUCAGAGUUCUGAUAUGAAGUCAGAUUUCUGGGUUAUUGGGCUUCUAUUUACAGAUUCUUUUAUCUCAAAAUGCUGAGAUUAAACUCAGAAUUCUAGCUUUAAUCUGUUAAAUUGAUUAAUUUGACAUUUUUUUCCCCUCUCAAAUUAAGUUAUUUUUUCCAUGUUGCUGUUCUGUAGCAAACAUCAAGUUGUUUUAUUUUACUAGGAGUUCUAGAAAUCUGUAACACUUGUUUUCUUUACUACUUUUCUUUUUUUCUUCUGCGGGUUUCAGUCGUUUUAGGUUCAAUCUGAACAGUUUGAUCGCAGGAUUGUUGGGAGAAAAUGUGAACUUUAAAAGCCCAAACUAAACUGUCCAGAUGGACACAUUUGCAUCUUUUCUUCUUGUGUUUUCACAUUGUAUGUUUACUAUAGGAGCAGUUCUGUAUAUAUUAUUUUUCUCUGAAAUGCCAGAUAAACCCUCCAUUAAUAAUGUGCUGGUUCUCUCCAGUAGCUUAGCGAUGCUAACAAGAUACCAGUAGGAUUUCUUCAAAAGCCUGUAAAUGUGAACGGAUCCAACUCAACCCCAAAUAAAAACCCAAAUGUUAUAUAUCAGCAGUAAAAGGUGAAUUUGUAGUCAGAAAGGAAUUUAAAGUUACAGAAGUUUAAAUAUAUAUUUGUUAUGUUGAAACAGGAUUAAAUGUUAAAUUUUUCAAUUUGCGUUGCAAAAAAAGCCCUGUUUUUGUUCACUUUGUAUAAGUGUGUAAUUAAAAUCCAAUAAACAAGUUUUGAAUUUUU